AGCUUAUUCACUACUACUUCACUACGUAAACUGUUGUUUGUAGGUAACCUCUACAGAAGAUGCUAAUUCCUGCAGUCAGGACGUUCUUCGGUGCUACUGCAUCAUGCAGUCGACUUAUUGCACGAACGGCCUACUUGAAUACCAUUUCACAACGGUUGAAGUCUGAUGCAAUCAAAGGUGCAGUGAUUGGUAUCGAUUUGGGAACGACAAACUCUUGUGUAGCUGUUAUGGAGGGUAAACAACCAAAGGUCAUAGAAAAUGCAGAGGGUGUACGAACGACUCCGUCAACUGUAGCCUUUUCAAAAGACGGUGAGCGAUUAGUUGGAGCUCCAGCUAAGCGACAAGCUGUCACCAAUCCACAAAAUACACUAUAUGCUACGAAGAGGUUGAUCGGUAGACGCUUUGAUGACGCUGAAGUGCAAAAGGAUGUGAAAAUUGUGCCGUUCAAAAUUGUAAAGGCUAGCAAUGGAGAUGCUUGGGUUGAAGCACAAGGCAAGAUGUACUCCCCUUCACAGGUCGGAGCUUUUGUGCUAAUGAAAAUGAAGGAAACUGCCGAAAACUACCUCGGAACCACUGUUCACAAUGCUGUUAUCACUGUUCCCGCAUAUUUCAAUGAUUCACAGAGACAGGCCACGAAAGAUGCAGGACAAAUUGCUGGCUUGAAUGUACUUCGAGUCAUCAACGAGCCUACUGCAGCUGCUCUUGCUUACGGCAUGGAGAAGACCGAUGACAAGAUAAUUGCUGUAUACGAUCUGGGUGGUGGUACCUUUGAUAUCUCAGUGUUGGAGAUCCAAAAAGGUGUCUUCGAAGUCAAAUCCACGAAUGGUGAUACAUUCCUUGGUGGAGAAGACUUUGACCAUGCUCUCGUCAACUACCUUGUUAAGGAGUUCAAGAAGGAGCAGGGCAUUGAUAUCACGAAGGACCCCAUGGCAAUGCAACGACUUCGCGAAGCCGCCGAAAAGGCUAAGUGUGAGCUGUCAUCUACAACACAGACUGACAUAAACCUGCCAUAUUUGACUAUGGAUUCGUCCGGCCCUAAGCACAUGACCAUGAAGCUGACCAGGGCCAAGUUUGAACAACUUGUCGAAGAUCUCAUCAAGCGUACAAUCGAACCAUGCCGGAAGGCUAUGCAUGAUGCAGAGGUGAAACCAUCAGAAAUCUCGGAAGUACUGCUUGUAGGAGGAAUGUCUCGAAUGCCAAAGGUCCAGCAGACGGUCCAAGAAGUUUUCGGCAAAUCGCCCUCAAAGGCUGUCAAUCCGGAUGAGGCAGUUGCCAUGGGCGCUGCCAUCCAAGGAGCAGUCCUUGCUGGUGAUGUCACCGAUGUACUUCUGCUUGAUGUGACUCCGUUAUCACUCGGUAUCGAAACACUCGGAGGUGUAAUGACCAAGUUGAUCGCGCGAAAUACGACUAUCCCUACCAAGAAGAGUCAAGUAUUCUCAACUGCUGCUGAUGGCCAAACACAAGUACAAAUCAAAGUCUGUCAGGGUGAACGUGAAAUGGCCAAUGACAACAAGUUGCUCGGACAGUUCUCAUUGGUUGGCAUCCCUCCAGCACCACGAGGUGUUCCACAAAUUGAGGUUACCUUCGAUAUUGACGCUAACGGUAUCGUGAACGUAUCAGCCAGAGAUCGUGGAACUGGAAAGGAACAACAGAUUGUCAUCCAAUCAUCUGGUGGUUUAUCAAAGGACCAGAUUGAGAACAUGAUUCGUGAAGCCGAAAAGAAUGCUGCUGAAGAUGCUAAGAGGAAAGAGAUGGUUGAGGUGUUGAACCAAGCCGAAAGCAUCAUCCAUGACACCGAGAGCAAGAUGACAGAGUUUGCCGAUCAGCUGCCUAAGGAGGAGUCUGAAGCCCUGAAGAAGAAGAUUGAAGAGACCAAGAAGAUUCUAUCUAAUAAGGAUAAUGAGAAGCCAGAAACAAUCAAGGAAGCUGUUAGCUCACUCCAGCAGCAAUCAUUGAAGUUGUUCGAGGCUGCUUACAAGAAAAUGGCCGAGAAGAAUGCAGGAGGCUCAACAUCAGAUGCACAGGAGGCUAAGACUGCUGAGGAACCGAAGAAGUAGAGAAACUAAGUUAACUCAUACGAAUUCUUUCACUCCGAUUUCAAUCACAUAGAUUUUCCAAUAUGUAAUAGUAGGCCGUAGUUAGUAUCCUAGUUGUUUGUUGAUUUUUGCUAUUUUUUUUGCGGAUCACCUCUCGCUUUCUGACGUCCCCCAAGGUGGUCGUAGUUUAUUGUUCAUGCGUCCUAAGUGUCGCUCGUUGUUCUCAUUGAAUUGUUGAAUCUAUUCCUACUUGGAAGCAAGUGCGCCGUUACGGAUGCAUAUUGGUUCCAAAAUUGACUUUUGGUUUCCUUUGUCUACACUAGAUCUUAUGUAUAGAAUUUCCUCAUAUUAUGCCAUUAUCAUCAUUGUUAGAUGUUUUUAUUUAUAGAAGCAAUUAAAAAUUUUUGAAAUUCUGGGUAGUGUUGUUUAGUCAUGUAUCGGCAAGGUUUACAU